AUGACAUUAGGAGAUUGCUAUAAUGUGACAGCAUUCACACUGCUGGGUCUGACUGAAGAUCUGGAGUUACAGGUCAGAGUCGGUGUAUUACUUAUAUUUGCCUAUGUAAUAAUUUUUCUGGGAAACUUCACUGUCAUUGCUAUUUUUUCUGCAGAUUCCCAUCUGCACUCUCCCAUGUACAUCUUCUUAUUCAACCUUUCCAUCAUUGACAUCGCUUCUACAUCAAAUAUUCUGCCUAAGCUAUUUAAUAUGCUCUUCACAAAACAUAACGUGAUUUCAUUUGCAGAAUGUAUAACUCAGAUGUAUUUCUUUCUGUCCUUGGUUGUUACUGAGCUUCUCCUGCUCUCAGCCAUGGCAUAUGACCGCUAUGUGGCAAUCUGUCACCCUCUUAAUUAUGUUGUUAUAAUGAGUUUUACAAGCUGUGCUGGUCUCUCAAUUGCUUCUUGGGUUGUGGGCUUUUUAGACCCAAUUGGACAUACUGUCCUUAUAGCUAAGAUGUACUUUUGGUCAGAUCGUCCUAUUGACCAUUUCUUUUGUGAUGUAUCCCCAUUACUGUUGAUCACCUGCAGUGAUAUAUCCAUGGUGGAAAUGUUAGACUAUAUUGACGGGUUUCUGGUGGCAUUUUCUUCAUUUCUGCUUAUAUUAGUUUCAUAUAUAUUUAUCAUAUCUAACAUUAUGAAGAUAAAAUCUGCAGAAGGGAAACAUAAAGCUUUUUCCACCUGCACCUCCCAUCUAACCUGUGUGAUCAUUUAUUAUGGGACUAUGCUCUGUUUGCAUAUUAAACCUACAUCUAGUUACUAUCCAAAACUGGACAAGCUCGUCGCUCUGGUGUAUGUUGUUUUGGUGCCUAUGCUAAAUCCUUUUAUUUACUGUCUGAAGAAUAAAGACAUAAAAAAAUCUUUAGUCAAUUUUAAAAUUAAUUGUUUUAGAAAAACUUUGUGGCUCAAUUGGACAUUUUUGUACAUAUAA